AUGUCUGACUACAAAGUCGCAAAGGAGGCGUUCGUGUCUGGAAUGACCGGCUCGAGCAUUGGACACGUCAACCUGCUUUCCUCCGUUGCGCUGGUCUCUAUAGCCAUCCACUCUACCCUGCGCACGCGCUUGCCUGCGCCGUCCACCGCCCACGUCGCGUUUGCCCUCGACUUUCUCUUGCUCGUCACUCCGCUCCUCCUUUGCCUCACCCUUUUCGCCAACUCACCCGGGACGCUCGUCCUCGCGCUCCUCAUCCCGACAGGACUCCUGCUGCUUAUACCUAAGAGGGAGUCAGGAACGCCCUUGCCUUCUAGUACGGGGGUGGAUGGCAGUAACAAGGCAAGGGGACCAGGGAUGCUGCUCCCGGCGGUGACGAUAUACCGCGCGCACAUGCUGCUCAUGACGAUGCUCUCCAUCCUCGCGGUCGACUUUCCCGUCUUCCCGCGCGCGCUCGCAAAGUGCGAGACGUUUGGCGUGUCCCUGAUGGACCUCGGCGUUGGCUCCUUCGUCUUCUCCCAAGGCCUCGUCUCCGCGGCCCCGCUCCUCAAAGACCCGUCGUACCUCUCGCAGCCCACCUUCCCCAAAAUCCUCUCUGUUACCCGCAAGGCCUUACCCGUCCUCUCACUCGGCCUUGUGCGAGUGCUUCUGGUGAAGGGCACCGACUACCCAGAGCACGUGACGGAGUACGGCGUGCAUUGGAAUUUUUUUAUUACUCUGGCGUUGGUGCCGGUGCUGCAGGUCGCGCUGCACCCGCUCAUCGCGUCCAUGCCGAUCUCGCUCCUCGCGGUCCUCUGCGCGCUCGCACAUCAGUUGGCACUGUCACUGGGAGGCCUGCAGAGGUACGUCCUCACCGCGCCGCGGACGACCCUGGUGUCUGCAAAUAAGGAGGGGAUUGUGUCGCUAGUCGGCUACCUCGCGAUCCACCUCCUCGGCCUCUCCGCGGGGACCAUCCUCCUCCCGCCCUCGCCCAACUACUUCCGUCGACAGCAACAAGCGCUCGCCCACCGACGGAAGGACAGCAACCUCGUGUCCACAGCGGUGGGGAAGGCCAGAGAAACAGAAAAUCCGUUCGCCCAUAGGCAUAGGGAGGACGACCGGACAGCGACGGAGCUGGUGUCGUAUGCGGUUGUGUGGUGGGCACUUGUAGGCGCGUGUAUGGCGCUCGGCAUAGGGGGAGGGGUGUCGCGCAGACUGGUAAACCUGCCCUACAUCCUCUGGGUCGCGGCGUACAACACGACGUUCCUGCUCGGCUACCUCGUGCUCGAGCUCAUCUUCUUCCCCUCGCCGUUCUCCAAAUCGGUGUACUCGCCGACGUCGAAGCUUAAGGUGCAGGCCGACACCGCCGUUGCCGCUUCCUCCGACUCUGCGGUACCCAGUGCAAACCCAGUGAGGAAAGCCCCGGAGCUGUUGGAGGCGGUCAAUCGGAAUGGGCUCGUGCUCUUCCUCCUCGCGAACCUACUCACAGGCGCGGUGAACCUCGCCGUGCGGACGAUGUACACGAGCGACGCGGCUGCGAUGGGCAUUCUAGGCGCGUAUGCUCUACUCAUUUCCGGGGCUGCGUGGAUCGCGCGGGGGAGGCGAUUGUGGCAGCUGUAG